CUCCGCUCCUCCUUUGCAGCCAAUGGCACUAAGCGAGGUGGCUGCAUGUGGUGGCGCCGACCCAGCGCCCGGGCUGGGAGGAGAGGAGGAGGCAGCAGGCUCUGCUCGCCGCUCGCUCCAGGCUCCCGCUCCCCGGCUCCGGGCACUCCUCCCGCCCCUCGCUGCCCCUCGCUCCCUCUCCCCCGCCCGUACCUGCAGCAUGGACUCGGACUCCGGGGAGCUCAGCGAAGGCGAGCCGGUCUCACCCGCAGGUCCUGAUUGUUUCAGUUCCAAGAAUCUCGCACUGCAAGCCCAGAAAAAGAUCCUGAGUAAAAUGGCAACUAAAACCAUGGCCAACAUGCUGAUUGAUGACACGAGCAGCGAAAUCUUCGACGAGCUAUACAAAGUAACAAAGGAACACACGAGAAACAAAAAGGAAGCCCAUAAAAUUAUGAAAGACCUGAUUAAAGUGGCAAUAAAAAUUGGGAUCCUCUAUCGAAAUAAUCAGUUCAACCAGGAAGAGCUGGAAAUCGUUGACAAGUUCAGGAAGAAGCUGAACCAAACUGCCAUGACAAUUGUCAGUUUCUACGAGGUAGAAUACACUUUUGACAGAAGUGUUCUUGCAGAACUUCUGAACGAAUGUAAAGACCUUUUGCAUGAACUAGUAGAUCGACACCUGACACCGAGAUCCCACGGGCGCAUCAACCACGUCUUCAAUCACUUUGCGGAUGUGGAAUUUCUAACUGCCCUGUACAGUCUUGAUGGGGAUUGUCGGCCAUACCUCAAAAAGAUCUGCGACGGCAUCAACAAACUACUUGAUGAGAAGGUCCUCUGAAACUACACUCAAAAACAAGAAACCAACCAAAAACUUCUCUCUAGAACUGGCCACCCUUCACGAGCUGUGGUGAGCAAGCGAGCUUCCUUCCUACUGGUCUCUUACCAGAGUCUCCAGCAGGGGCCAGAAAGUGCUCACCAGGCUCGUGAUGAAGUGGAAAACUGCAAUCAGAAAGCUAUCAAUUUUAAUGUUUUGUUCAGAUAAUUCAGUCUUUUCCAAGGAGCGGAGUGAACAAGGCUGCUGAUGUAUAUUGUUCAGAAACAGAUGGCGAUACACCAUGAUCUUCCUGGCUUUCUGUUCAAGGCUAAAGGCGUGAAAAGAAAGUAAACUCAAACACAUGGCUAUGUAAAAAUAAGACAGGUGACGGCAACGAGCAACACAUGGAAUUUCCCCCCAGGCUGCCCUUGGUGCGUAUGUUUUUAUUAUUCCCACACUAACUGAAAAAGCUUAGGCAGAAAGUAGGGCCGUAAUGGAUUAAGCUCGCUCCUUUCAAAAGGACCAGGGAUCAAUAUGAGAAGGCAUCUCUGAUUUUACAUAGUAUUUAAGCCUACUAGGGGAAUAACAAAUAAUGCAAACUGAGUAGAAGUGGGAGAAAAUUUAAAGAGCUGCUCUAUGAAGCAAUAUUUUCAUUAAAGAGUUUUGGUUUAUACCCGAGAAUAACAAGAGAAGGUUUCAUUCUAAUUUUGAAAAGCAGCUCAGUAGUUCAAGCUCAAAGAUAACCACAAACCUAGAUAAAGUAGUACAUUGGUGUAGCCCUCUUCGGUAACAUCAGAUGAGUUUAGGCUGAAGGUUGUGCUGCUCUUUGUGCUCUUGCUGUUUUGCUGGCCAGAACUAAAUACUCUGGGAAGAUUUUGAAAUUGCACUUGUGAAGAGGAGCAUGACUAAGACACCAAUGGAGCUACAAAGCGACGUUUACAGGCCCUGUCCUCAAAAUAUUCAGCCUAGAUAAAACCCUCGGUUUAACGUGUCCAUGAUGUUAAUUUGUGCCUACGGGAAGACAGAGGUGUGAUAAAAAAGAAAGCCCAUCCGCUACGCUUAUGGUGCCAUCCAAGCGUAGUAUCUCCACAGGAGUCUUAGAAGAACUGUCGCGGUGACUCUGGUGAGCUUCACGAGUGACUUGUUUGUUCAGAAUGUUUUCAGUGACUUUCUUUUUCCUUUUUUUAAACAAAAUACACUGAUGUCUUCAAACUGAAAACAUUUUGCAGAGAAAUACCGGUUUCUGUACGCUUUUGUUAGGAUUAAGGGAGAAUCAGGGCAGAGCAGAUACACCAACUUGCUACUUGCUGAAUCUCGCUGACCGUAAGUAGAAAGAAGAAUGUUCGGAAAUCUCUCCUCUCCUCACCCAAGGCAUCUUAUCCUCCAGACUCACCUCCAUCCACUGACACUUCAGUGUCAUGUACCAUCUCCUUUUAGUUGCCACAGAUAGAAGACAAUUCCAUUACCUGGAGGUUAACACCUUCCAUAUCACAUAUAUUAAAAUACAGAGAUGCAUGUACUUGAAAAUUGACAAAGACAAUAAAAUAUAUUUAAAAGCCAUUCCUCUCUAAGGAAGACUUCCAGUAUUAUCACCCAUUACUUCAGGAUAAGAAAAAUUUAUGUUUCUCAUUUAAACUCUGAAAUACUAUGGUGGUAGAGAAAACUCUUCAAAGUUUUCUUCUUCUUCUUCUUUCCUCACCCCAGAAUAACUAUAUUGUCUCUCUUGCAACAACAGUUUCGCCCAUCACGCCCUUACAGGGUUGAGAAUACACAUACCCAGAGCACGUAUUCACUAGGGCUGCGCUAGAUGGAUUUUUAUCUGUUCCCAGGAGAACUCAUUUUGGAGCACAGUAAAAAUGGCAGCACAAGACAUUACCAGAGCCGUCUGUAACAAUGGAAUUUUCCUCACACAUUUCCUUUAACCAUAAAAACGUAUAUUUAGUAGCAAUGAAGGUGGACAAUUCCUUUGCAAGGCAGCACGGUAAUGAAAUACCAACAUUUGAGGUCUCAAGUUCAGCCAUUUGCAGAGCCAUAUUUACAGGCACCAUUAGUUGCAUUUUUCCAAGCACAUACUUGUCAAUUGAUGCUUUUGAACAGUAUUUAUGGUAUCCAACGCUCCUGUCCCAGUGCGCACGUCAGAUUCUGCGUGUUUGUUUCACUUGUGGCAAACAAAUUUAAGUUCUUUUUUUAAAGCCAGAAAAAAAAAAAAAAAAAAAAAAGAGAUUAUUCAACAUUCAAGAUGUCCAAAGGAAAGGGAUAUCCUGUGUCUGUGACUUUCUUUUUGUGUGUUGCAAGUAUCAAUAUUCAUAUUCUGGUAUUUUAGACAAACCAGCUGAACAUCUGUUGUUUUAUUUAUAAAUCUGAGUAGCCUUAAGGAAAGAGAAUGUUUUCAAGUAUUUCUCAUACUUGCAUAUACUGUAUAUUCAUUGUUUACUUUUGUACUUGUAGCUUGGUAUGUAAUAACAUUGCUAAAAUACGGGCAAUGUUCAGGUCACCUUAAGUAUAUGAUCUAUUAUCAUAUUUGUGGAUUAAAAAUGUGUGAUUACUGCC